UCACCGCUUCUAUAGAUUGAACGUGGCAGGCUUGUAUGAUUACAGAGCAUAUUCAACGAAGAUCACGCUCAUCAUCAUCAUUGAGACAAUCAAUCUCAGAUCUCUCCUUCUUCGCGUGGCUGGAGACCGCGGGUUCUUAUUUCUCAGAGAGAAAGGCUUUCCAAUUUUGCCGUCAAAAACCGGAAAGUAUUCAGCACUUACUGCACAUGGUUGGCCGUUAUGUGAUAGAGAAAAGUCGUCAUCCUCGUUUAAAUGAUCUAGUGCAUCAAGCCUGAUAAUGACAGAGUCUACUUUCAACUGACAGACGAUAUGGAUCAGGAGGAAAGAAUGAGAGAAGCUGAGCUCGGUUCACAUACUGUAAGGUCCCAUGGGAUUACAGUGGCGAGGAUCCAUUUGCAUGAUUGGCUCAUUUUACUGCUUCUUGGUGUGAUAUACUAUGUUUUGAAUACAAUCAGUCCGUUCUAUCGGUUUGUUGGGAAGGAUAUGAUGUCUGAUCUCAAGUAUCCUUUGAAAGAUAAUACAGUUCCUCCAUGGGCUGUUCCGAUAUAUGCAGUUAUUUUUCCUAUCUUGAUUUUUCUGGGAGUUUAUUUACGUAGGAAGGAUGUAUACGAUCUUCAUCAUGCAACUUUAGGCCUACUUUUUUCUGUCCUCAUCACGGCUGUUCUAACAAAUGCGAUAAAGGAUGCUGUUGGUCGGCCUAGACCCGACUUCUUCUGGCGGUGCUUCCCAGAUGGAAAGGAUGCUUAUGAUUUGAUUGGAAACGUUAUUUGCCAUGGAAACAAACAUGUGAUAAAGGAAGGGCAUAAAAGUUUUCCAAGUGGCCAUACUUCGGCAUCCUUUGCCGGUCUAGGAUUUUUGUCGUUGUAUUUAUCUGGAAAGAUCAAGGUGUUUGACCGAAGAGGACAUGUAGCAAAAUUGUGCAUCUCUUUUACCCCGCUACUGGUUGCAUCACUUGUUGGUGUCUCUCGGGUUGACGACUACUGGCACCACUGGCAAGAUGUGGUAGUAGGAGGUAUACUAGGUAUGGUAUUGGCUACAUUUUGCUAUCUUCAGUUUUACCCGCCUCCAUACCAUGUUGAAGGUUCGGGCUCUUAUGCCUACUCCAAAAUGAGGGAGGAGUCACGCAGUCGUAAUCGCUCAGUCAAUAGUGUUGUCGCACAAAAUGAAAAUGAAAAUGAAGUAUCGGGGAAUACUCAAGUUGAAGAUGAUCAUCACCAUAAUUUCUUAGGGAUGGGUUUAUCCGGAAAUCCUAGUUUGGCAGUUGAUGACUUAGAACAGGGAAGAAGCGAUGGCAGGAAUUCGCAGCCGCUUCACAUCGAUGGAGGCCAAGAGAUCCAAAACAGAUGAACUCGGGUGGUAGUCAGGUUAACAUAUGGUUUUUAUUAAGAGUUAUUAGUUUAUUUGGUUUUUAUUGUUAAUGAGAGUUAUUAGUUUAUCUAUGAAGCAUGUUAAUAUAUUUCUAUGGAUAAUUAUUUUAUCAAGCAUUUAUUUUAUUAUU